AUCUAAUCUUUAACGGUCGGAUCCCAUCUCGCGCCACGCUCUCGGCGAUGGCCUCGGCGCUCCUCAUAUCUCCUCCCUCGUCGAAACCCUAUUCUCACCCUCCCUCUCUCUUCGAUCAUUCCAAAUCGCUCUCCGAAGGUUCCAGAUCCUUCCUCCUCUUUCCCCUCCGAUCGCCGCGUAGCGUCGCCUCUCGCACUUCUCAAGGGGAGAUUCGUCGGUUUCCAUGUAGUCGACGGGAGGAAGUUUCAAUUCAGAAGCGCGUAGAUGAGGAGGAAAUUAGGGAUUUCGGGGUUAAAGUAGCAUUGUCGAUGCUCAAAUUCUACAAAAGAGAGAUCUCGCCGUUGUUGCCUUCUAGCUGUCGCUAUGUUCCUACGUGUAGUGAGUAUUCGAUGGAGGCGUACAAAAGAUAUGGUUUUGUAAAGGGAACGAUCUUGACGGCUUGGCGUAUCUGCCGUUGCAAUCCUCUCGGUGGAUCCGGAUUUGAUCCUCCCAGGUGGUUUGGCGAGCAAGAGCCAUCUGAACAAUGAUAAAGCAUUUCUCAGUAUCUAAAACGACACACUUCAAUGAAAUAUUUGUCUUCUAACUAUAUUUCUAAAGUGGAAAGAAAGGUUUAAGAUCUUAAUCGGGCAGUUUCUCGCUUGAUAAAUUAUUGCGUCUUUCUGUACUAACCUCGCUUUAGUUUAUGUUAUGAUCAUAAAUUUAGAGCUUUUGUCAUGGAGAUAGCUACAGAGUUGUUCUUAAUAAUCAUGUGAUGCCAUCAGCUACCAUGUGUUUCUUCCACUUGAUUUUAAUGGAAUACGUAAUAAUAUAGUAGGAAAGUCAUUCUAAACUAGCAAAUGCUUCAGGAGAGAACUCCUGUAUUAUUAUUUUUAUUUUUUAUUCCAUUCAAAUUAUGCUC